AUGGAUAUGUUUGUGAAACAAUUUCCGUCUUCUAUGUUCCCAUUUCAGAACAUGGAAGGUAGCUCUGUUCAGGUACAAGCAGAGUACGCCGACCACGACCCAAACAACAACAGAAUUAAGACUGCUUCUCUCAAGAUCAACUUGCAAACUCUCAAAGUUUCGAAUGGCUCCCCAGCCGAAUCAGGAAACAACGACACGAAUGAUGAUGUUGACAUGUCAGGCCUCGAUCAUCCUGUUGGCGGAAUCAUAAACAAUUUGAACAAUCGCAGCACGAUACGCAAACAACACUCAUCUACCAACACUGGCCAAAUUCAUCAGCAAGCUGAAAUGGCGCGCAUGUUACAACCCACCAUUCGAGCACUCCAAUCAGCUACCGACAAAGCUAUCAACAAAAGCAAGAAGAUCUCAAGUCAAGGCGAAGCCUUUAUAGGACCAAAAUUACCAAAUGGUCGGAGAAUUUCGCGACACCUCCCGGAAAGCGAUUCUUCUAGAGUGAGACACGAGGAUCUUGCUGAGAAGAAACGUAAACGGAAGGAAAUGAACAAGACCGUUGUAAACGCGCCCAAUACGAAGCCGAAGAAAGGAAAGAACAAGAAGAAUGGCGGCGCUAACGCUAAAUCUAAGCCUUCAGAAGGUGCGGUCAAGAAGCGUGGGACCAGGAAGCCAAAAGAGGGAAAAGUAGACCACAUGGAAUAUCUGAUGGAACGUCGCAAGCUCGGGGACACAAAUGCGCUCGCUGCUGCUGAUAAGACUGCCAGAUCAAACGCGGACGAGAAAGUGGAUGUCUAUGGUCAUGGACUGAACCCUGCAGAUUGGGAGGCAAUGUACCAACAGGAGUACCAGGCACGUACUGCAAGGCUCAGAGAAAGACAAGCUAGGGAUGAACAAGCGUUAAUGUCAGCUUUGAACGGUCUCUCCCUCAGUGUAGCAAAAAUUGGUGGUGGAGACUAUGAUUUGAUUCUCUGA